AUGGCUGACCAAUCAGCUGUUCUCAUGAUGGCCAAGGUCUUGGAAGCUCAAAAGCCCAAGGCGCAUGAGAUGAAAGACGCUCCUUCAUUUUACCUGAACUUGGAGAAAGUCCUAGACAAGCGCCGCAGGGACCAGACAAUGCUGACUCUACUUCCCGCCCGUGAGGUGGUGGACUUCUCUUCCUGCGACAUUUUGUCGCUGUCCAAGUCCGGGCUACUUCGAAUGGCCUUUUUUGACGAGCUGGCGAAGAAACCCAACUUUGUCCUGGGGAGCAGUGGCUCCCGUCUCAUGGAUGGAAACCAUGCAUAUGUCGAGGAACUGGAGCACGAAGUUGCAGAGUUCCACGGCGCAAAGACUGGCCUGUUCUUUGAUAGUGGAUUUGACGCCAACUGCGCUGUUUUCUCAGUUAUUCCUCAGCCAGGAGAUGCGAUUGUCUUCGAUGAACUCGUGCACGGCAGCAUCCACGAGGGGAUGCGGACCAGUCGUGCCACAGUCCGCAGGCCCUUCCGGCAUAACAAUGUAGAGUCUCUUCGUGAGGUUCUUACUACUUUACAUGAGACUCUGCCAUCCAUCUUAUCUGGGAAAUCCACGGUUCUGGUAUCCAUCGAGUCGGUAUAUAGUAUGGAUGGAGAUAUCGCCCCGGUGGAAGACCUGCUCCAGGCUGCGAAGGAUAUCCUUCCGCUUGGAAACUUCCAGUUCUUCAUCGACGAAGCGCAUAGUACAGGGUUAAUGGGGCCUCAGGGGAAAGGCCUUGUCUGUGCUUUAGGGUUGGAGGAGAGCUUUGCUAUCCGGCUGCAUCCGUUUAGCAAGGCACUGGGAUCUCAUGGAGCGGUCGUUCUGUGCGACCAAACGAUCAAAGACAUGCUCCUCAACUUCGCCCGCUGUCUGAUCUUUUCUACGGCCCCCUCAUUCCCGGCUUUGGCCGCCAUUAAAGGAGGCUAUGCCCUUCUCAAAUCCGGCUUGACUCGAAGGCGGCAAAACCACAUCCAAGACCUCGUCCGAUACUUCUUCAAAAACAUUCUUGCCCACCCAACCUACAUCCGCGCCGAAGCAGCCGGGAUCCUCUCCCUCCCACUGGGCAAAGACUGGGAACAGCGACGGUUCCUCACACACAUUGUUCCCAUCAAUCACCGCGGCCUUGAGAAUCAUCUCCUCUCCGCUCAUUGCCAUUUCGCUAACUACUGCGUCUGGCCUAUCGACUAUCCAGUUGUUCCGAAGGGAGAGGGGCGCGUGCGGGUCGUCUUCCAUGCCGAUAACACGUUUGAGCAGGUCGAGCGCUUGAUUGGAUUGAUUACGGAAUGGGCGGAGCUGAUGUUGAAGAGGGAGGGGCGUGGCGCUGAACCCCUUAUGGCUGCAUCAGAGGGGGUCAAUCUAGAUUGGCUCACUCGAGUAGUUGCGACUGCAAACUCGACUAUGGAUGAGAGUGUUGUCUAUGCAAAAGAUGAGACUGUUGUCUAUGCAAAGGAGGUGGAAGUUGCUUGA